GUCGACAACAAUUUGUCGGUCUCUUUCAAGUUCGACACGUGCUUUGACUUCUCGUAGAUAUUCUAAUAACAUGGCUCAAGGCACUAAACCACCGUAUAAAGUUGCGGACAUCAAGUUGGCCGACUGGGGUCGUAAGUGUAUUGAGAUUGCCGAGAAUGAGAUGCCCGGGCUAAUGAUGAUGCGUAAAACGUACGGUCCCAAGAAGCCAUUGGCUGGUGCUCGGAUCGCCGGCUGUCUGCACAUGACGACACAGACGGCGGUGCUGAUUGAAACACUUGUAGAACUCGGUGCUGAGGUCCAGUGGUCAAGCUGUAACAUAUUCUCCACACAAGAUUUUGCAGCUGCUGCUAUCGCCAAAACUGGUGUCCCAGUCUAUGCCUGGAAGGGAGAGACAGAUGAGGAAUAUAUUUGGUGCAUUGAACAGACAUUGCAGUUCAAAGAUGGGAAGACGUUAAAUAUGAUCUUGGACGAUGGUGGUGACCUUACGAAUCUGAUCCAUGAGAAAUAUCCAAAGUAUCUGGACAGUAUCACGGGAUUGUCCGAAGAGACAACUACUGGGGUACACAAUCUGUACAAAAUGAUGGAGAAGGGAGAAUUGAAGUGUCCGGCCAUCAACGUAAACGACUCUGUAACAAAGAGUAAGUUUGACAAUCUGUAUGGUUGCCGGGAGAGUCUUGUUGACGGUAUCAAGCGAGCCACUGACGUCAUGUUGGCUGGUAAAGUAGCUUGUGUUGCCGGCUACGGCGACGUCGGCAAGGGCUGUGCACAAGCUCUGAGGGCGUUUGGCGCACGUGUCAUCAUAUUAGAAAUUGAUCCUAUUACUGCGCUCCAAGCAGCAAUGGAAGGUUAUGAAGUGACCACCAUUGACGAGGCUGUGAAGGAGGCGAGGAUCUUUGUGACUGCGACAGGCUGUAAAGGCAUCAUCUCCGGCAAACAGUUCGACAACAUGCUGGAGGAUACGAUCGUGUGCAACAUCGGCCACUUUGACUGCGAGCUAGACGUCAAGUAUCUUAACGACAACGCAGUCAAGAAAGAGCAGAUCAAACCUCAGGUUGAUCGUUACACCAUGAAGAAUGGUCGUCACAUCAUCAUGUUAGCUGAAGGGCGAUUGGUCAACCUGGGUUGUGCUCACGGCCACCCCAGCUUCGUGAUGAGCAACUCUUUCACCAAUCAGGUUCUCGCUCAGAUCGAACUGUGGAGCAAGAGUGACAAGUACAAGGUUGGAGUACACAUGCUGCCGAAGAAGCUUGAUGAAGAGGUAGCUGCCUUGCAUUUGGACCACCUCAAUGUGAAGUUGACGAAACUGACCGAUGAGCAGGCCAAAUAUCUAGGAAUUCCUAAAGACGGACCUUUCAAGCCAGAUCACUACCGUUAUUAAAUGUUGCACAAAAUCACGCAGCCAUUCAUCUGUUUAUUCCAGAACAGUUUAUUCACGUGCAGUUGUUUUGCCUGGUGACUGCAGUCAUGGCGGCAAUAUUGUUAAAUGAUUUAUGUGAUUAAUAACAAUGAUGUGGGUUUUUACGUAAAACUGGAUAUUAACAGUGGUACAAUUUAUAAAUUGUUUAAUUUAAGUUUUUGAAUAUUAAGAAAUUUUAAUACCCUGGCAAGAGUUUAUUAAAAAAUAGUUAAAUUUUCUUUAUGGCUAUACACGUUUAAGUAAAUCGGACUGGUUAAAUGGUGCUAGAUGUUUUGCUUACUUAUCGUGCUCCAAAAAUUUAAGCUUUUUUUUUUUUUUAAUCAAAACUAUAGUAUAUUUAAAAAAAAAAAAAUGGUGCAAGCUAUAAAAAAUACAUUUUCAUUCCAAACUUCCUCUUAACUUUUGAUCUACAUUUGUUAAAUAUUUAAAAAUUAACUAAUAUUUUUAUGGAUAAAUCUGGUUUAUGUUUACAUAAAUUUGUUUAUCUGGCAUUUAAUUGAAAUGUUUAUAGCAGUUAAUUAUGUUUGAAGAUGUGAUCAUGUCUGUUGCAUUUAAGACUCGGAGAUGUCAGCGAUGUCACUAAAUUAUCACACACCAAUUAUGCAUACUUAGUAAUAACCGUUUUCCCCAACACAAGUAUAACGUUUGUGCAAACAGUACUACAAAUGUAUUCAAUGCUAAACAAUAUAUUCAAAUACAUCCUCUUCAUAAAAUUUAAUUAUGAUAAUUUAGCACAAUUAUUUUUCAGUUCAUACAAGUAUGAACCACUUGAGCGAAAUAUAACAAAUGAGUUAACAUUUACAGAUUUGUGUUUGGUUUUCAUUUCAUAAUUCUGUUAAAUCUAGUGUACAUUGGUACAUAUUAGUUGACUGUUACACAGCUUCAUUUAUCAUUCUGUACCUCUGCAAGAUAAUGUUGUUGUUGUAUACGUUAAAUCAAAUAUGUUGGAAUGUGUUGAUGUACAGUGUAAAUAAAUUGGGGUACAAAAAUUCA